UCAACUAAAGACUUCACUCCCUCUGCGUUGUCAGUUGGACGGUGACUAACCGGCUGCUCCUGGUUGGAUUCUCCUGAGUGAAACGCAGAUGAAGAGCAAGAUAAAAACAACGCAACACCAACAACCGAGUUUUUGGACCCAGUAACCAGGCAGAGCUCAAGAGCACCGUCUUCUGGCAAAARAAAGGAUACGUCUACAAGGAUUCUGCUGGAUUCCACUGUAUCAACUCUGCUCUUGCUGCCGAGUGCAUUUCAACAAAAUGAAUUUAUAGCUAAAACUGCGUUCAGAGUAGAAGAACAGCAACAGCCAACAUGGAGGACUGUGUAUCUUCCACUCCCUCUGCUCCCUUGUCUGAUGGCUACCUGGCCGUCUUUAGGGAGUACCUAAAGAAAUCUGUCAUCUGGAUCCAUUACAACUACACUGGCAAGUUGAAGGACGACCGCAACAUUGACAAGCUGAAACCUGUCAGCAUUUUGUUUGUGGUGGUGUGUCUCCUCAUCGUCCUGGAGAACGCUGUGGUUCUCAUAGCCAUCUGGAGGAAUAAGAAGUUCCACGUGCCCAUGUAUUACCUGCUGGGGAACUUGACUCUGUCAGACCUGCUUGCUGGGAUUACCUACAUGGCUAAUAUUCUUUUGUCAGGACACAACACUUUAAAACUGACACCACUGCUGUGGUUCCUCAGGGAGGGAGGGGUCUUCAUCACGCUGGCCGCCUCCAUCAUCAGCCUGCUGGCCAUUGCCAUUGAGCGCCACAUCACCAUGACCACGAUGCGUCCGUAUCAUGGGGCAAAGAAGGGACGGAUGUUGGGGCUGAUUUGUGCGAGUUGGGCCCUGUCGGGGCUUCUGGGGAUCCUCCCAAUUCUGGGCUGGAACUGUAUACACAAACUGGACCAGUGUUCGACGGUGCUCCCACUUUAUGCCAAAACCUACAUUCUGUUCAGCAUAUCCGUGUUCUCCGUGGUGCUUUUGGCCAUCGUGGUCCUCUAUGUUCGGGUUUUCCGCAUCGUCCGCACCAACACGCAACGCCAGCGGACGAACUUUAAGAACAGCAUGAGGAAGAGCUCGCUGCGGAAGUCGCAGAAGUAUGUCGCCCUGCUCAAGACAGUAACCAUCGUACUGGGUGUCUUCAUCGCUUGCUGGCUGCCCCUCUUCAUCCUCCUCCUUAUUGACUUUUUCUGUCCAACGGGUCAGUGUCAGCUGCUUAAAAAGCCCGACUACUUCCUUGGAGUGGCCAUGUUCAACUCCCUCCUCAACCCCAUCAUCUACACUCUGACCAGUAAGGACAUGCGGCGAGCCAUUCUCAAGCUGCUCUGUCGGCCAUGUCUGAUGACCAGAGAUGGACAGGUGAAAAAGAUCGGGAUGCCAUUCCUGGAGUGCAGUUUCAGUAAAACCGAGGUUCCCUCUCAGAAGCUGGAACACGGACAGGAGACGACUAUUUCCUCUGGGAAUGUCGUCACCACUCCAUCCACCAUUAAAGCUCUUUACCCAAAACUCCUCAAGCCAUAAAGACUGUGAUUCUUGGAUGUAAAGUUCAAAAGACUGUGAAAGGGUUCCCCACUUUACAGAGGACAUGUAGCACAUCUUUUAAUGACAGGACGUAGCCUCGAUGUUUUCAAAUCUGAAAGCCAGAAAAAUAAUUAGCAUGAAAUUCAACAGAGGCACAAAGAAACAUGUUAAGGCUUCAUGUUUGGCAUGUGAAAAGUGACUGAGUUAAAGUGGUAUAUUAUGGCAAUAAACUUUACAUGAUUACAAAACCAAAUGCCAUAAAGGUGCCAUUCAAAUGUGAGCAACAUGCAUUUUUAUGGUUGUGUUGGCAGCAAAAAGACUCUACGUUUCAGAACUGAAAGGUGGUUUCUGACAACAUGAAAAGAGGAGACAUUGUCUUCAAAGGUUGCAGGACUAAAGGUGAAGAUUCAAGGUCUUAAUGUCUCUUUCAUUGCAGGGUUUUUUAAAAGCAGCACUUGUAGUUUGUGAUGCAGACUUCUGGGUUUCGCUGGUUCGAAAUCCCAUGGCACACAAGCGCUGCAGAGAAACCGUUUUUCUCCCUUCUACAUAUGUUUGUGUAUAGAAUGCAGGGAGAGAAUAGAAGGGGAUUGAUUACAGAAAAAAAGAGCACUAACAUUUUUUUUAAACGCAGCUCAGUGGAGAAUGCUGGGGUAUUGUUGUGGGAGGACUGGCACAAAACGAAACUUCCCACGCAGUGUUUCGAAAUGAUACGAGACAAACCUGAUGUGGGAGAGUAAGGCUGUUGGGCUGGUGUCCAACUUUUUUUUUUCUUUUUGAAAUGUUACUUUUGCAGUUAAACUGCUACAGCAACAAAACCAGCAAAACGUCAAAUGUGACUAAUCAGUGCAUGUGAAAAAAUGUUUGGGACUUAUUUGUGUUGUGACAUGCUAAUUAUUUAACUUUGACUGAAACAGAAUCAGUAAACAAGAACAUCAAGAUUUCAUUUUUUUUAAACUUGUGAACAACAGUAAAGUUUCUGCACUCAUUAGUAAAUUACAUGGAAAGAAGGCAGACACAUUUUUUCUUUUCACUAUUCUUAAUGAACAUUUCUGUCUGAGGUACAUUUUGUUUAAUUAAAUUCAGCUCACAGACUAUUUUAGCUGUCUCUCUGGACCUAAAGUUAUGAAUGGGUUACUUCUUUGUACUAUCUGUGUAGUAAACUUUCUGCUUUUCCAAAUACAUUUUUUAACAUCUGUUUUGUAAAUUAUAUCUAUUUUAUUACAUGCAAAUGAAACAUUACAUUUCUUUUGUUAAAAGAAAUAAAAUAUUUUUGAAGUGAA